AUGGCCGCGACUCUCGCAAAACACCACAACACCCCUCCAUUUGCUGAUCACAAAGAUCUGCACAAUGUCAUAGAUGCGACGCAGCUUGGUGACGUCCCUUGGCAGUGUUUCUCUGCUCAAUAUACAGGAGAACGACCUGAGGUUGCCCCACCGUGGAUGGACAAUGAAUUCGAGGUCUGGUAUAGGGACCCCCGCGCAAUGGCGCACAAUAUCAUCGCUAACCCUGACUACAAGGACGAAAUCGACUAUGUACCAUAUCGUGAAUACGAUGCAUCGGACGCCACACGCCGAUGGAAAGAUUUCAUGUCCGGAGACUGGGCAUGGAAACAAGCAGACACCAUAUCACAAGAUCCAGAAACACACGGAUCCGCUUUGGUCCCAAUUAUUCUCGGUAGUGACAAAACUACUGUCUCUGUGGGCACUGGUAAUAACGAAUACUAUCCCCUCUACGCCUCGAUCGGUAAUGUACGCAACAACGUGCGACGCGCGCACCGUGAUGCUCUUGUCAUCAUUGGUUUCCUCGCCAUACCCAAAACUGACAGGAGUCAUUCUAAAGAUGACGCAUUUCGGAUAUUUCGCCGCCAGCUAUUCCACAGUUCGCUAUCCGUGAUUCUCUCCAGCCUCAGACCUGUUAUGACCACGUAUGAGGUCGUGCGCUGUGGAGAUGGUCAUUUCCGGCGCGUUAUAUAUAGUCUAGGACCCUACAUAGCGGAUUACGAGGAACAACUCGUGCUAUCCUGUGUUGUCAAACAUUGGUGCCCGAAAUGCAUUGCAGUUCGCACAAACCUUGAUGGUGGUGGCAUCUACCGCACCCGCGAGUUUACUGAUUUCUUGAUCAACGAGCUACACGCAGAUGUAUUGUGGGAUGAAUUUGGUCUUAUUGGUGAUCUCGUCCCAUUCACUAAUGACUUCCCCCGAGCUGACAUUCAUGAGUUGCUGUCGUUUGACCUUCUCCACCAGCUCAUUAAAGGGGCCUUCAAAGACCAUCUCGUUGAUUGGGUAUCAAAGUACCUCAAGGCCGUACACGGGACCAAACGAUCAGAGGAGAUCAUGAGCGACAUAGAUCGCAGAGUUGCUGCUGUAGCAUCAUUUGCUGGUCUACGACGUUUUCCUCAAGGCCGCGAUUUUAAACAAUGGACGGGCGAUGAUUCCAAAGCGCUCAUGAAGGUAUUUCUUCCGGCUAUCGAAGGUCACGUACCUCAAGACAUGGUGCGUGCGUUUCGCGCAUUGUUAGAAUUCUGCUAUCUUGUCCGGCGCAACAUCAUUACCGAAGAUACCUUGAUUCAGAUUCAAGACGCACUUCGUCGUUUCCAUCAUUAUCGCAAGAUAUUCGAUACCGUCAUUCCCACCUUCUCACUCCCCCGUCAGCACUCGAUGGCUCAUUACGUGGACAUGAUCAGACUCUUCGGUGCCCCUAACGGACUGUGCUCAUCGAUCACAGAAUCGAAGCACAUCAAGGCAGUAAAGGAGCCUUGGCGGUGGUCGAGCAGGCACAAUGCUCUUGGUCAGAUGCUUGUGACCAAUCAGCGCCUUGAUAAACUUGCAGCAUCGCGCGUGGACUUUGAUGCGCGAGGGAUGCUCACUGGCACUAUUUUGUCGAUCGCAGCAUUAGCACAUGAAGUCGCUGUUCCAGAUCUACGACGCCUCAUUCGGUACUUCCUGUUCUCUCAGCUCAACCCAGAUGAUGCCCGCAACCCCGAAGAUAUCCCAGCUGCCGGCUUGCCUCGACAUGAAGGCAAGCUUCAGGUCUUCAACUCUGCUGCCGCAACGUUUUAUGCUCCCAGUGAUCUGAGUGGCAUUGGCGGCAUGCGACGUGAGCAUAUCCGUGCAUGUCCACUCUGGCGGAACGAGUACCCGCGCAAUGAUUGUGUGUUCAUUAACACUGAUUCAGAUGCUGAAGGGAUGCGAGGACUCGAAGUUGCGAGAGUCAUAUGCUUCUUUUCUUUCAAGCACGACUGGGAAGUAUAUCCAUGCGCUCUCAUACAAUGGUUUGAGAAGAUUGGUGACUGUCCUGAUGAAGAUACUGGCAUGUGGAUGGUCGCUCCAAGUUUUCAUGAGGACAGCUCGAGGGACCUUGCUGUCAUUCAUAUCGAGACGGUCUUCCGUGCAGCCCACUUGAUACCCAUCUACGGUUCUGAGUACAUUCCUCCCUCCCUCAAGUUUUAUCAGUCUCUUGAUACUUUCGGCUCAUUCUACGUCAACAAAUACGCUGAUCACCACGCGUUCGAGAUAGCGUCCUGA